AUGCUACUAGAUGGUGCAAGUGUCAGUUUUCUCGGGAACACAAAUGCGCUUCGCCCGCUCGGAAACAGUGACGCAUUAAAGCUUACAGCAAGUGAACGUGUGUUAGUGCUCGUGAAAACUGUCAUAAGCUGUCUUAGGACUAUAUUUCAGAACAUAGAAAUGGCUGACAAAUUUAAAGAAAGUCGGGCUAAAAAGUUAUUGCAAUUAAUAAAUAAUCAAAAUAUUGAAAACAAAGAAAAUUAUGAUAACAAUAGCAAAGAAAAUCCAGUCAUUACACCAAUAAUUGAAAACUCAGGGAAUAACGAGAUAAUAAAUGAAAACUAUUCAAGUGAAUGUUUGGUUGAAAAUGCGACUUUUGAAGGUUGGAAUGACACUGAACCAGUUGCGCAUUGCAGUUACAACCCUCCUGAAAACAAACCUACCCAUGCCAACUCCGCUAAUGAAUCCUUUUCGGAAGACGACGAUGAUUCAGUGAAGGACCCUAACUAUAAAUCUAGAUCUUCCAGUACAUCAUCAAGUUUUUCCAUCGGAUCGUCAAGCUCGUCUAGCAGUUCAUCUAGAAGCCCCUCUGUUUCUUCAAAAAAGACACCAGUAAGUACCGAUAGACCGUUAGUGUCGUAUGGUAAAAACCAAAUUGAACCACCCCCAAUCCAACAAUGUGCACAGACAAAUGAAGACGAAGUAGCUGAAAACAAUACUAGUUUGAUUGUAGAACAGAGGAAAGAGAAUAUAAAGAAAGGGAAGAAACGUAUAGCAAGGGUAGAUGACUGGCUAGCUAACAAAGCAAAGAAAUUGCGUAAUACCGGUCAAGCUUAUGUUUCGCAAUCAAAAACAAAAAAAAUUGUUGCAGCACGUGCUAUGAAACAACCUUGCAGGGAUAAAUGCAAAAUGCAAUGUUCUUCUAAAAUCGACGACAACCAGAGAAGAAAGAUUUUUUCUAAAUAUUGGGAACUAGGUGAUAUUACUUUGCAAAGAAACUUUAUUAAUAGCUGUACAAAACCUAUUAUGCCUGCAAUUCGUUUUUCUGGUAAACAGAUACCCCGAGGUUAUAAUAACGCAUUUUAUUUUAUAAUCAACAAUGAACAAAUACGGGUGUGUAAGAAGUUUUUUAUGGCGACAUUGGAUGUGAAUGACCGUGUUAUAAGAACAGUAUUUCGAAAGAGAGAAUUGGGUUUUGUUGAAAUUGAUAAAAGAGGCAAACAUGGCCAUCACAAAAAAGUUGAUGAAUCGAUUAAGGAAUCAGUUAGACAACACAUAAAUUCUAUACCACGAAUAGAAAGUCAUUAUAUCAGAAAAAAUUCAAGCCGCGAGUUCAUUGAUGGUGGUAAAUGUAUAGCAGAUUUACAUGCAGAUUAUAAAAAUAAUUGUUUGGAACAAGGAGUCUCAGCAGCGAACUAUGAAAUGUACGCCAAAAUUUUCAAUCAGGAAUUCAACAUAAGUUUCUUUAUCCCUAAAAAAGACCGUUGUGAGUUGUGUGUCAGCUUUGAAAAUGCGGAUGAAUCUGGAAAGGAGAAGUUGAGCGAAAAAUACUGGUCACAUUUAGAUGAAAAGGAAUGGUCUAGAAUUGAAAAAGAAAACGAUAAGGUUAAAGCGAGCACUGACUACAUUGUCGCUGUGUAUGACCUUCAAGCAGUCCUUCAAAGUCCAAAAGGAGAUGUUUCGAUUUUUUAUUAUAAAUCUAAAUUAAAUAACCUGAAUUUCACUAUUAGCGAACUUGGAUCUGAUCAUACCGAAUGCUACUUGUGGCAUGAAGGUGAAGCCAAUCGAGGAGCAGACGAGAUUGGAUCUUGUGUACUUAAAUUUAUUGACAAAGUUAUGGCAAGUUACAGCGGCUCAGGGAUUGAAUUCGUAUUUUUCUCAGACAAUUGCUGUGGACAGCAAAAAAAUAAAUUUAUUUUUUCUAUGUACACAUUCGCUUUGAUGAAGCAUUCCAAUAUAAAAUCAAUAACUCACAAAUACCUUAUAACCGGCCACACCCAAAAUGAAGGGGAUGCAGCACAUUCCACGAUAGAAAAAGCUAUCAAGAAAAACCUCAGAUCUGGACCCAUUUAUGUCCCCAGCCAGUAUGCUCAAAUAAUACGAAAUGCGAGAAAGAAAGGCAAUCCAUACAAUGUUAAUGAAAUGUGCUACAAAGAUUUUUUUUCGAUGAAAUGUUUGGCUGAUGAUAUAGGCUUUAAUGCAAAAAAUUUGAAGACUGCUGAAAUAAAAGUUUUGAAAAUGAUUCAGGGCGAGCCCACUAAAGUUUUCAUUAAACAUUCUUAUAAAGACUCGGAUUUUCAAGAAAUCCAAAUCACUAGAAAACAAUUAAAGGCUCAAGACAUUCAAAUUAAACCAGCAUACAGAUGCAAACCUAAAAUAAAAGAAAAUAAAAAGAAGGACCUUAUAAGUUUAGUCAACAGUAACCACAUUCCAAAUUUCUAUGCCUCUUUUUAUAACAGUCUCUAA